UGGAUGUUGGAACUUAGAUAAUAUUUCGCCCAGAUUUAGUAAGCAUCUCAACUGCAGUAAUGGUGGGAUCAGCAGCAGCCAACAGCACUUUAGCUGAAGAUGACCCUUUUAUUUCGUUCCCCAUGGCUCUUCAAACGGGAAAAACCGUUUUCUUUUCAGCUUAUAUCCUUCUUGGAGUUUUUCUUAAUCUCCUCCUGUUUAUAGCUAUUUGUCGCGAAUCAAGACUUCACAAACCGUCGUAUUUUUUCCUUUUAAAUCUUAGUUUUGUCGAGUUGAUCAGGGUAGCACUUUGUUUACCCUUUUAUCUGAUUGUAUCAAAUAAUUCUGACAAAUUCGCAGAUCAUUUUCACCUCUGCAAAAGUGUCUCAUUCUUUUACACCCUGCUCGCUUACGAAACGAUUCUAACACUGCUCACUAUAUCCUUGUCUCGAUAUUCCAUAAUCGUUCAUAAAGAAUUUUAUACGAAAAAAUUGACCAAAUUCGUAUGCCUCACAGUCACCGCAAUGACCUGGACCUUGGCCGUAAUAAUGGCCAUUCCUCCAAUAUUUCGAGCUGGAAUGCCACUCGAGGAUAAUGCAGCCGCCAAAACUAUUUUCGUUCAAAUACCUUAUUUGGAAAGAAGUAUUUCCCACGACGAAACGGAAGUCAAUCGAUAUGACAAUCAGAAAUUGGACUCAUUCGCAAUUGCGUCUGCACCGUACCAGAUUGAUUCGAAUGUGCUACCGAUUCAUCACCAGAUGCGUCCAGAAGAUCCCAAACCCCCAGCCCAGUUAGGUUGUUGCCACUACUAUCAAAUAACUGACGGCAUUGGAUUUACGAUCGUAUUUAAUAUCGUUCUUGUUGGCGUUCAUCUAAUUCACCUUCGAGUUUUUAUGUUCAUGCGGCAACACCGCAAAAUGAACCCGACCAGAAGAGCGCCGGCAAUUUCUGAUAACUGGACUUUCUUCGGACCCGUCGCAGCACCCUUUGUCCCCACAUAUAUGAGCUCUCACUUGCAAUCAGUGGUUGUUCAAGGUGUUAGUUUUCCGCAAACCAAUCCUUUGCCGGCCACUGCGCCUAGUCAUAGAGUGCCAGCGCCACAGCAUAUUUCUUCGUACCCUUCAAAUUCUCACCAUAACAAUGUAGUGGCUUCAGCAGGGCAUGUAAAUCGAAUCAUGAUGCAAAGAUCAACAGCAGCUACACCUCACGCUUUUAGUAGCGGUAAUCAAAGGUGGGCUUCAAAUGCUAUGCAAGGAUUGCCAAUGGCGGCUCCGACUAGACACUUUUCUGGUGGACAACCGAGCCAAAGAGCUGUAAUGGGGAGAAACGGAGGGUUAAGUAUGCCGUAUAGAGAUCCAGCGUUGCAACGAGAAACUAUGGACAGUUACGAAGUGGGAGAGAAAUUUACGAAGACGACAUAUUUUCUAACUUGCUGUGUGACCCUUCUGUGGUGUCCGUAUAUAGUUAUAAAUUUUACAUCAGUUGUAAGUUCGGAGCCCAUUUCUGACAAUGGGUUCAUAUUGGCGACAUUUUUCACCUUCUGUCAGUCUUUGAUCACGCCUCUAGCGUGUCUGUUCAUGAUUCCACCGGUUGGAGUUAUGGCCUCAGAGUGGCUGAAAACAAUCAAGUGUAUGUGCAGACGAAGGAAGAAGACGUCGGGAAGUUGCAGAAAUGGAAUGGACGGGACGAACCAGACUCCACUGUAUGAAAACUUAUCUCAAAUGGUCUGCAGUGCAGUAUAAUAAUAAAAAGAAGGCCAUUCUAAGGCAUCUUUUCCGCGCAUCCUACUUUUCAAGUGUCCAAAAUUGCAUUGUUUUAAAUUUUCAUAAAAUUGGGUUGGGUGCUGAACAGAAGUCUCCA